GCAUUACAGUCGUAUCACUAUGACCCUGUGAUGAGAAGACUGAUGAAUAACUUGUACUUCUACGUGAUGCCUGUCUUCAAUGUUGAUGGCUAUCACUUCAGUUGGACAAAGGAUCGGUUGUGGCGUAAAACGAGAUCUAGAAAUGCCAAAUAUCACUGUCACGGGGUCGACGCUAACAGAAACUGGAAAGUAAAGUGGUGUGCCAACUUCCUGCGCAAACAGAGGAGACGUGUGAAAGCCUACAUUUCCAUCCAUGCCUACGCCCAGAUGCUGCUGUAUCCCUACUCCUACAAAUACGCCACCAUUCCCAAUUUCAACUGUGUUGAAUCUGCAGCCCACAAUGCAGUUGCUGCUCUGUACUCUGCGUAUGGUGUAAGGUACAGAUAUGGCCCAGCAUCAACCACUUUGUAUGUAAGCUCUGGGAGCUCUAUGGACUGGGCCUACAAAAACGGCAUCCCCUACGCUUUCGCAUUUGAAUUGCGAGACACAGGUCAUUUUGGAUUCCUCCUCCCAGAGUUCCUGAUCAAUCCCACCUGCACCGAGACCACCCGGGCAGUCAAGGCCAUCUCCUCCAGCCUCCUGAAGAAGUGCUCGCGUGCGACAGGGAAUAUUUUCACUGUUGACUGGACUAACGCAUCAGCGUGAUGUGAAAAAGACUUCUAAAAAUUCUUGACAGGGCAUCUCUGAGUCAGGAAAUGUUUAUAUGUAUCCGUUGUUUCACUGCGCACAUUUUAUAUCUUAAGAUGCAUGGAAAAGGAUUGAAAGACUAAUUUUCUAUUUAAAAAUAUUUAAAUCUAAAUUGCCUAUACAUUUUUAAAUUUUGAAGAUCAAUUUUAUCCUGACUGUUUUAUUUUUUUCUCUGGAUUUUGCGAGAGGAUUGUGCUGCGAAAUCACAAAUGGCCAGUACUGUAAAGACAUGUCGACUCGUUUUGUUUUCCAAAUGAGGGAGAACAAAAAUUAAGAGCAUUAACUUUAAAAUUCAGACAUUUUUUUGUUCAUUGUAAUGACAUUUUUUUUAUUGUUUUCUAUGUAAAAGACUAUAGGUGACAGAACAUGUGUAAUACGGAUUAAGAAAGAUUAGACAUAUCUACGAAUGGGUUGUGGUAUGGUGAAAUAGUACAGGUGAAUCCUAUUUAAUUUUUUAGACAUGGUUAAGAAAGGUCUGUAAAUGAAUAUACCAUUUAUGCCAUGAUGUAUAUACAAAUAAUUAGGAUGUCAGUUGGAAAUAAUGUGCUUCAGUCUUUUCUGCUCACAUUAGCAUUACAUUUAGAAACCUUCUGAUAUCACCAGGCACUGCGGCCAAGCUCCACCAGUGUGAAUGAGUUUAAUGCAAAUCAAUAAAGAAUAAACAGAGUAAAUCAAAAGCUAAAAACGGGAUCCUAAAUGGUUUCGCAAAUCAAUUAGGAAAA